AUGGUUGAUAUCGCUCGUCAGACCGUCGAGUUCCUGUAUGAAGAGAAUGGAGGGAUUCCUCGAGACCUCUACCUCCCAACCAUCGAGGACAUCAAAGAUGAAGCUAACAAGUUCACCAUCGAUAAAGUCCGCAAAGGUUUGACAGUCGGCAUCCGCUGCCCUGAGGGAAACAACAGCAGCAGCAGCACAGCUCUGCCGAAGUUUGCCAUCCGGGGCAUGCUGAAGACCUUCGGCCUGCAUGGAGUCGUGCUCGAUGUCGACUCUGUGAGUGUCUGCAUCAGUCAUAUAAGG